GGUAAUUUUCUUUCAUUUGCUUAAUCCAUCACAUGCUUUUCUUUGCUUGAUUCAUGACUUUGCAAUGAUUGUUUCUGAUUAUCUGCUACUCUUAGCCGCUAGCUUUGUAAGACAGUCAACUUCACUGCUUCAUUUUCAGUUCUAUUCUCUCGACACUUUUCAGCCACUAAGUCUGGUAAUAAGAUCUGAAGCUAUGAUUUCCUCUACUGAUUAUCAACAGUUUUAGAUUUCAAGACAAGAUGAUCAGCAGACAUAUUCUACUCUAGAUUGAAAUUAAUACAGAAAGAGCUACCCAGAAGCAAUAUAAUGUUGAAAUCUCAAACGGUUAACAUUUUAGCUCUUAAUAUUCUGUAAUGAACUGUUGCACACUUGAAUCUAGCAUUUUAUAUACAUCGAGAGCUUAAUUCUGGUGACCAGAAUUUCAUCAUGUUUCUGUCUGCCACCCAUCCAUAGCUCCAUCUAAUAAACGCCAUUGCUUGAAACUUGCAUUCAUGUUUUCCUUUUCAUGCUUACACUGACAUAUCAAUACCUCAUAAAUUAUUCAAUUCAUUCACAGAUUUUCAUUCUCUGCUACUGUUAUAUAUGAUUGCAUUGCAAGGACAUAGCAAUGGAGUACGUAGAGCCUGUUGUCGGCAUUGCAAAUUGUCUCGGAACUCCUGUUUGUAAAUAUUUGCAAUAUUACAGAAAGCUGAACGAUUAUGUUAGAAACUUCAAGAGGAUCAGAGAUGAAUUGAAUUGCAAAAUGGAAGAUAUAGAGCUGCAAUUGAAAGCAGAGCUUCUUCGUCCUCUGGGGAAGAUACCGAAGAAGGGAGUUGGAAAUUGGUUGAAAGAUGCGAAAGAGAUGAUUAGGGAAGCACAAGUUGUUGAAAACAAAGUCAGUAAUGGGAGAUAUCUCUGUCGUGCUUGCAACGGGAAACUGGUUGAUGAAAAGUCUCGAGAAAUGCAGGAAUAUCUUGAUAAAGCUUCUAAAGCCUCUGAAGGUCUUGCCAUGGAUGGUCCAAGUGCUGGGUUGCCACUGGAAACAUCAGAACUAGUUGGAGAGGAAGCUGUCAGAAAAGAGAUUUGGGCAUGUUUGAUGCAGGAGGAGGUAAGCAAGAUUGGGGUUUGGGGGAUGGGUGGCGUGGGUAAAUCGACCAUCAUGAAGCACAUCCACAAUGAUCUUUUGAAAGAACAACGAUUUGAAAGGGUGGUUUGGGUUACUAUAUCAAAGGAGUUCAAUAUUGUGAAGUUACAAAAUGAUAUUGCAAGUGCAUUGAAUGGAAAGAUGCCCGAAGAAGCAAACAAGGUCAGACGAGCAGCAAUCUUGUCCGAAAUGCUGAAGAGAGCAGGAAAACAUGUUCUAAUCCUAGAUGAUGUGUGGAGUGAAGUCUCGUUGGAAGAAAUUGGGAUCCCUAAGCCAAGUAGCAGCAAUGGGUACAAGUUGGUGUUGACAACCCGUGUGGAGCAAGUUUGUAAGUCUAUUGGCUGUAAGGUAAUAAAAGUGAAGCCCCUUUCAGAAGAAGAGGCAUUGAUACUAUUCUUGAGUGAAGUUGGACCUAACAUAGUGCAAAAUCAAACUUUAAUGCCAACUUUGAAGCUUGUUGUCAAGGAAUGUGCAGGUCUGCCUCUUACAAUUGUCGUCAUAGCUGGUACAUUGAGAGGAGAAGAUGACCCUCUUAUUUGGAAAAACACACUCAGGGAAUUGAAAGAGCCAAUAGGGAAAGUGAAAGAAGGGGAAGAUAAAGUGAUCGAGAGUUUGAAAGUUAGCUUCAAUCACUUAAAAGACGAGAAAAUGAAGCAUUGUUUCUUACAUUGCGCAUUAUAUCUUGAAGAUUUUCAAAUUUGGAAGGAUGGGCUAAUUGAGUGCUGGAUUGAGGAGGGAUUCAUAGAUGAUAUGCGUACAAGACAAGAAAUGAAAGAUAAGGGACAUGUUAUUUUGAAGAAAUUAGAAGAUAAUUGCUUGUUGGAAAAUGUCUCGUGUGAAAAAGUGAAAAUGCAUGAUGCAGUGAGAGACAUGGCAUUGUCGAUCACAAGAAUGAAUCCUCGAUAUAUGAUACAAGCAGGUUCGCAAUUAGAAGAGUUACCAGAAAAGGAGCAAUGGAGUCCGAAUAUUGAGAAAGUGUCACUUAUGUAUAACUCCAUAUCAGAAAUUUCCAUAGAUGUGCUGCCCACAAAAUGUCAACUGCUCACAACCUUGUUAUUGCAGCAUAACCCUAUAAAGAAGAUCCCAUGUUCUUUCUUCAUAAACAUGCCCUGUCUUUGUGUCCUAAAUUUGUCCUAUACGGAGAUCAAGAGUUUACCAAAUUCCAUCUCUGAACUAAAGAACCUCACAACAUUGUUGCUUUGUGAUUGUGAAGAAUUAAGAGAUCUACCAUGUCUUUCGAUGCUUCAAGAGUUGAAGAAGUUGGAUCUAAGUUGGACUAAAAUUGAGGAAGUCCCUGAAGGAAUGGAUAUGCUGAUAAAGCUAAGAUAUCUUGAUCUUAGAGUGCCCACUCUGAAAGAGAUACCCGCUGGACUUUUACCAAAACUCGUUCACCUUCAGCGCUUGAGUUUUGAUGUGGACAAUGAAAAAACAAGUCUAAAAGCAGAGGAGAUGGAACCAUUGAAGAAGUUGGAGUGCUUUACCGGCCGUUUUGAAGACAUCAAUGAAUUCAAUAAGUUCAUCUCCUCAAUGCAACAAAGUAAGAAAAAUCUCAUCAAGUACCAUUUACAGGUGGGCUCAUCUUUUAUGCUUGCUACAAGAGAUAAAACAGUAACAGUUGGAGGAGUCAAGAAUUGGGAAGGUGAGUUAAUUAUGCACCCAAUUGAAAUUCAACAGUUGAAUAUUUUAAGUUGCGACUAUUUGAGAAACAUAGUCGAUGAUAAUUCUUCCUUCAAAAAUGAGAUUGACUUGAGGGUUUGUAGGAUUUGGUGGUGUGAAGGGAUAGAGUGUGUUGUUUCCCUGUCCUCUUUUGCCUCUUCUUCCGCUCAUCCAUUUCAGAGCCUCGAGGUGUUAGAUCUUGGUGAUCUGCCAAAGUUGAGUGCCCUUAUUAUGAAAGAUGCAGGAAUUGGUUUAGCAACAACAUCAACAUCGGCUCCGUCUGCCACCUUUUCCCAUCUUAAGGAAAUUAGGAUAUACAAAUGCUUAAGUAUGAAGACGUUGCUUCCACAUUGGUUGCUUCCAAACCUCCAAAACCUGGAAGAAAUACAUGUGGGUGCUUGUAGUCAGCUAGUAGAAAUAUUGGGAGCAGCAACAUCAGAAGUUGAAGAAAAAGGGAGUGAUGCAUUAAUCAAAUUCCAUCUUCCCAAAUUGAGAGAACUGGAAUUGUGGGUAUUACCAAAUUUGAAGAGCAUAUGCAGCAAAAGUGGAGUGAUGGUUUGUGAUUCUCUCGAGUUAAUCGUUGUUGUUGAGUGUGAUAAACUGAAGAGAAUUCCUCCAUUUAUUCCCCUUGUUGGCAAUGGGCAGCCAUUUGCAUGUGCUCCACCUUCUCUUACCAUCAGGUCAAGCACAGAAUGGUGGGAAUCAUUGGAGUGGGAUGACCAUCCAAACUUUAAAAAUGUUCUUCGCUUCAACCCCCUGUGGAGGAUAAAAGAGAAAGAUAAAAGGGUUGGUGGCAAAGAAGUAGGGGGGAGGAUAGUGCAAAAGAGAGGAGAAAAGGAAUGUUGGAAGGAAGAGGUUAAGAGGCAAAGUAAUCAAAAUGAUUUAAGGUGAGACAAAACCUACUUCUCUGGAGUUGCAGUGAAGCGGAUUAAAGGUCUAAUGCCUAACGUUACAGUGGAGUAGACUUAAACCACAAAUCUCACCCCCCUGAAGUUGCUGUGAAGAAGAUUAAAGCUACAAGUCAGAUCUUUCUGAAGUGCAGUGGAGUGGAUUGAAGCAACAAGACAUAGUGAAUUGGAAUGAAGCUACUUGAGGAAGAGAAGCACCAGAACAAGUCAAGAAUCGGCGAGGCCGGGCAAAAUAGGCCUUUCUUAGUCUUUGCUCUGUUGUCGUUACACGACAACGAGCAAAGAGGGGCAGCUGUACAGGCCCAUUUUAGACCCAACUAGACUAACCCAAAUAAAAGACCCAAUACCCAAUUAUAACCAACAGGCCCAACACCAAUUUACAAAACCCUAGCCCAAAUCAGAAAACAAUAAAAAGGGUAACCCUAACCCUAGGUGCGCCGCACCUAGGGUCGGCCACUUGCUCUGCCCAGCGCCGCAGCUCUGUCACGGCCACUUGCUCUGCCAUCGCCGCACGUCCCACGUCACCCACUUGCGCCAUCAAAUCAUCUGCAAGAAGAAGACAAACACGCAAACAGAAAACAGAAAGAAGAAAAUCGAAAAUAAAUCAUGAAAAUUUCGGUUAUAAAAACUGAGAUCUAAAAAAAAACGGGGGCUUUUUCUUCUUUUAUUUUGACCUUUUGUAUUUUUU